AUGGCUGAAAAGGAAACUGCUAACCAGUUCUUCAACUUCCCCCAGGAAGAAGAGAAUGUGUUGGAUUCCUGGGACGAUAUGGAUGUGUUCCAAAGACAGUUGGAAUUGACUGAAGGACUUCCUCCAUUCUCGUUUUACGAUGGACCUCCGUUCGCCACUGGUGUUCCUCACUAUGGUCAUCUUUUGACCUCCACCGUGAAAGAUAUCAUCCCCCGUUAUGCAUCCAUGAACGGCCAUUACGUCGAAAGAAGAUUUGGUUGGGAUACUCACGGUUUGCCAGUUGAGCACGAAAUUGAUAAGAAGUUAGGCAUCAACUGUAAAGAGGAUGUUAUGAAGCUCGGUAUUGCAAACUAUAACAAGGAAUGUCGCUCUAUUGUUAUGAGAUACGCCGACGAGUGGAGAAGAGUCAUUAGAAGAAUCGGUAGAUGGAUCGAUAUGGAUAAUGAUUACAAAACGUUAUAUCCAACGUUUAUGGAAUCUGUAUGGUGGGUUUUCAAGCAGUUGUUCGAGAAGGACUCUGUCUAUAGAGGGUUGAGAGUCAUGCCUUACUCCACCGGGUUGACUACUCCUUUGUCCAAUUUUGAAGCCCAACAGAACUAUAAGGACGUCAAUGAUCCAGCUGUCACUGUGGCCUUCCAAAUUAAAGGUCAAGAAGACACUUACUUGGUUGCGUGGACCACCACUCCUUGGACUUUGCCCUCCAACAUUGCUUUAUGUGUGAAUCCUAACUUUGAAUAUGUGAAAAUUUUCGAUGAAGAGAAGCAAAAGUAUUACAUUUUGUUGGAAUCUUUGUUGAAGUCGAUGUACAAAAAGCCUGCUGCUGCCAAGUACAAGGUUGUCGAAAAGAUAAGCGGUAAGGACUUAGAUGGCAUUAAAUAUGUCCCAUUGUACGACUAUUUCGUCAAGGAAUUUGCAGAACAUGGUUUUAGAGUCUACUGUGCUGACUUUGUUACUGAUGAUUCGGGUACUGGUAUUGUGCACCAAGCUCCAGCUUUCGGUGAAAUUGAUUUCGAAGCUGCUAUGAAGGCUGGUGUCAUUUCUGAAAAGAGAACUCCUCCAAACCCCGUGGAUGAUCAAGGUAAGUUUACAAAGCAAGUCCCAGAUUUCGCUGGUUUGUACGUCAAGGAUGCUGAUAAAGUUAUCAUCAAAGACUUGACAGAAAAAGGCAACAUGUUGCUCAGCACCCAAAUCAAGCACUCGUAUCCUUUCUGUUGGAGAUCCGAUACUCCUUUAUUGUACAGAACAGUUCCAGCUUGGUUUGUACGCGUGGGCGAGAUUAUUCCAGAUAUGUUGAAGAACGUUGAUGAAACCCAUUGGGUUCCAAACAACAUCAAGGAGAAAAGAUUCUCCAACUGGAUUGCCAAUGCUAGAGACUGGAAUGUUUCUAGAAACCGUUACUGGGGUACUCCAAUUCCUUUGUGGGUAAGUGAUGAUUUCGAAGAAAUCGUGUGUAUUGGAUCCAUUGAUGAAUUGAAGGAGUUGUCUGGUCGUGACGAUAUAACUGAUAUUCAUCGUGAAAGUAUCGAUGAUAUUGUCAUUCCAUCUAAGAAGGGAAAGGGUAACUUGAAGAGAAUCGAAGAAGUAUUUGACUGUUGGUUUGAAUCUGGUUCUAUGCCAUACGCUUCCAAACACUACCCAAUGGAAGGAAAGGACAGUUUCCAUGAUGUGUUCCCCGGUAACUUCAUUGCUGAAGGAUUGGAUCAGACCAGAGGUUGGUUCUAUACUUUGACAGUCUUGGGUACCCAUUUGUUCAACACCGCUCCUUACCAAAACGUCAUUGUUACCGGUAUAGUUUUGGCUGCUGAUGGUAAGAAGAUGUCCAAACGUUUGAAGAAUUAUCCUGACACCAAAGUUAUUCUUGAUAAAUAUGGUGCAGAUGCCUUGAGAUUAUACUUGAUCAAUUCUCCCGUUUUGAGAGCUGAAACUUUGAAGUUCAAGGAAGAAGGUGUCAGGGAAAUUGUUUCUGGCGUUUUAUUGCCUUGGUACAACUCUUACAAGUUUUUCAAAGAUUCUGCUGACAUCUUCAAGAAGGAAAACGGUGUGGACUUUGUUUACGAUCCAUCCUCGAUUUCCACCAAUGUUAUGGACAAAUGGUUGUUAGCCUCUAUUCAGUCUUUGAUUAAGUUCAUUCACGAGGAAAUGUCCAGCUACAGAUUGUUUACUGUGGUCCCAAGAUUGUUGCGUUUGAUUGAUGAUUUGACCAAUUGGUACAUUCGUUUCAACCGUCGUCGUAUCAAGGGUUACUCCAAUGAGGGUAUCAAAGACACUCAAAUGGGUCUUAACACCUUGGUGGAAGGAUUAUUGAUUUUGUCCAGAACUAUGGCACCAUUCACCCCUUUCCUUGCUGAGAACAUUUACUUGAAGCUCAAGCCUUACUUCACAGAAGACUACUUGAACUCUCUUGUGGUGAAUCCUAAGCACAAAGAUAUUAGAUCGGUUCAUUUCUUAUCGUUCCCAACCGUCAGAGAGGAAUUAUUCAAUAAAGAGAUUGAAGUAGCCGUGGGAAGAAUGCAAAAGGUUAUCGACUUGGGUAGAAACAUCAGAGAAAAGAAGACUAUUUCCUUGAAGACCCCAUUGAAAGAAUUGGUUAUCUUGCAUGCUGAUCCAGAAUACUUGAAGGAUAUCGAAUCAUUACAGGGUUACAUUCUCGAAGAAUUGAACGUUAGAAACCUAGUUAUCACCUCUGACGAAGCUAAAUACGGGGUUGUGUACACCGUUGUCGCUGAUUGGCCAGUGUUGGGUAAGAAGCUUAAGAAGGAUGCUAAGAGAGUGAAGGCUGCUUUACCUAGCGUGACUUCUGAAGAAGUUCAGGAGUUUGCUGAAUCUGGUAAGAUCACAGUUGAUGGUAUUGAUUUGGUAAAGGAAGACUUGCAAGUUCUUCGUGGAUUGCCAGACACCGCGGCUGGUCAAGGCCAUGAAGUCAGAUCUUUCCAAGAUCUUUUGAUUAUCUUGGAUGUGAAAUUGUACCCUGAAUUGCAAGGCGAAGGUUUGGCUAGAGAAUUGAUCAACCGUAUCCAAAGAUUGCGUAAGAAGGCUGGUUUAAACACCACUGAUGAAGUUCAAGUUGAGUACAAAUUGGUCAAAGAUACUAUUGACUUUAAGACCAUUUUGGAUACCCAAUCCGACAUUUUACUCAAAUCCACCAAGCUUCCAAUCCAAGAGUUUAGUGAUGACAAGGACAAGGUCAUCAUUGAUGAGGAACAAAGCAUCAAUGAAACUGUCUUCAACUUGAGAUUGUUGAGCCUAUAG